ACACAUGCUAAUCUUUAAAAGCCCUCCUCUUCCACCAUGGCCUCAGUUAUUGUGUUUCCUCCGCCAUGGUGGAAGCGCAUGCUUGUGGACCAGGGGUGCUGCGCUCUUUCCAAGGUUGGAGGGGUAAGCCUUAUCUUAUCGGUAUCUGUUUGGUGUGCAGUGGCCAUCCCAGGCUCCCCUAAGGGUGGGGGGAGUCCUCCGGAGUCUCCAGCCUCUCCCUGCUCAGUGGAGUGAAGGCUCUACAGGAAGCGGCGCUGAGUGCCCAGGGGUCCGCUGUUUCUGGCUCAGGUGGCCGGGCGGCACACUACCGCGUUGGCGGUGUUUAUUUUUUGAAACGCCGCAUGACGGUCCCGGGUCCUGGCGGGCGGGUGACGUCAUGCACAGCGGCGUAGUUUCCUGUAGAGGCGUGGCGACGCGUGGUCCACGUCGCCUAGUAACGCAGAGGUCAGGGGACAGGCCUAAGAGCGGCGUCUUCCGGUUCCGGCCAUCUUUGAUGACGCGCGGACCCGGGAAAGAUUUAAAAAUCAUUCAGUCCCGGCUGUGUUUCUCUCGGCGAUGGAAGGAGAACCAACAGCCAUGGCGGAGACAGGCGCCUCAGACGCUGCUCAGGUCCAGGUAGGGGGGUACAGCGGUGCCUCUAUCCUUACUAUUGGGCUUAUGUGGUUUUCUGUUAUUUGUCCUCCUUUAGGGAGCCUGUACUGCAGGGUCAGAGGUAACUUCUCUCGGUCCCUGGCAGUUUGCACUGCGUGGUGUUUUGGUUAACUGUGGAUCUUUUCUAUCACAUCUUCCUUUUAAAGUGGUGGCGGUUUUUUCCUUGUUUGUAAAAAACCUAUUGUUUCUCCAAUGGUAAAAUACCCUUUUUUGUGUUUUUAGGAGAAACAAAAAACUAAAAAGCCACCAACUCAAAGGAAAUGUCCUUCCUGCAAAAACCCUCUUAGAGAUUCAUGGCAGAAGGCAAUGUGUAAAUUCUGUAUUAAGGAUUUAGUAGAAGAAGAAACAUCCCAGCAAUAUAAAGUGUUAUUUUCUUCAGUACAAGAACUUGCAAGUUCUUUGAACUCGGUCAAAUCUAUGUUGGUUCAGACUCCAGCAGCGCAAGCUGAACCCCAACAUUUACCAUCCAGCCCAAAAGCUUCCACCUCGAGGUCAGAGGUUGUGGAUUCAGGGGAUGAAGGGACAAGUACUCUUCGCUCACUCAGGGAUUCAGAUGAGGAGGAAGAGGAAGGAGAGUACAGAAAUUCCAGAUACAAAGUCUCUCUAGAUGAAGUAGAUGAUCUUCUUGAAGCAAUUUAUACUACACUUGAUAUUCAAGAAGAGGAGGUACAAUUAUCUCUUCAUGACAAAAUGUACCAGGGUCUGGAUGUCUCCAAACACAAGGUUUUUCCAGUUCACAAAGUAGUAUCAGAUACUAUUAGAAAAGAGUGGAAAGAUCCAGAAAGGGCCCCUUCUUUUCUAAAAGUCUAAGGAAAAGAUUUCCCUUUGAAGAUAAAGACUCUGAAGCCUGGAAUAAAAAGCCAAAAGUAGAUGCUGCUUUUUCCCAGGUGUCUCGACGCACGGAUCUUGCGUUCGAAGACAUGGGGAUACUAAAAGAUCCCAUGGACAAAAGAGCGGACUCCCUGUUAAAGAAAGCUUGGGACUCUACUUCUCUUAGUCUAAAACCUGCAAUGGCCUCCACAGUGGUGGCAAGAAACUUGGAGUGUUGGGUGGAAAAGCUGAUGAACCAUGUAGAAGCUGGUACACCAAGGAAGGAUAUUUUGGAAUCCUUUCCAUUGAUUUUAAAAUCAAUCAGGUACAUGGCUGAUGCGUCAGCUGAAUCAAUUAAGUUGUCAGCUAGAUCUUCUGCCCUGGUGAAUUCAGCCAGACAUCUUGAAAAAAUUCUGGAUAGAACAGCCGACAAAAAGAAGGCUUUCCCGGCUAAGAAACAACCUGUUAAAAAGAAUUUUCGUUCUUUUCCACAAACCUCCAAAAAAGAAGAAAACAAAAAGCGCUGGUUUCCUCAAAGAGGUAGGGGAAGAGGAGGUAUCCUCUUUAAGUCACCCCAAGAUCAGUCAUCAAAAGACAAGUGACAAUCUGACUCCUGUGGGGGGAAGACUGUCCGCUUUCUCUUCUCAGUGGAGCCUUCUGACCAAGAGCCCCUUUGUGAAAAACAUAGUUACACAAGGAUACAAUCUGGAGUUUUCAGAGUGCCCUCCUUGCAGGUUUUAUGUGACAGCCCUACCAAGGGAUCAGGAAAAAGCUUCCGCAAUGAUGAACCUUCUAAAGGAUCUGAUCCAACAGGAAGUUAUUGUCCAAGUCCCAAAAGAUCAGGAGGGAAGAGGGUUUUACUCCCACAUAUUUUUAGUAAAAAGCCUUCAGGCAAAUAUCGCCUAAUUUUGAACUUGAAGAUCCUGAACAAAACUAUAAGAUACAAGCACUUCCGGAUGGACACCAUUUAUUCCAUCACAAAGUUAUUAACACCAGAGUGCUUCAUGGCCUCUCUGGAUCUAAGGGAUGCGUAUCUACACGUGCCAAUAGCGCAGGCCUCACAAAAGUUUCUACGCUUGGCAAUAAACUUGGGAACUUCAAUAUGGCACCUCCAAUUCAGGGCUCUGCAGUUCGGCCUCUCAUCCUCACCAAGGAUCUUUACAAAAGUGAUGGCGGAAGCCUUGGAGCCUCUGAAACUGAGGGGGGUCUCAGUUGUUCCUUAUCUGGACGACCUCUUAUUCUUUGCAGGUUCAAGGGAUCAGCUGAUUUCAGAUCUCCAGACGUCACAGGCUCAUCUCGAGAGCCUGGGGUGGAUAUUGAAUCUAGAAAAAUCAAACCUGGACCCCUCACAGGAGAUGAGGUUCCUCGGUUUCACCAUCAAUUCAGUUCUACAGAAGGUGUUUCUCCCUCAAGAAAAAGUAGAAAAAGUAGUUUCUGCAGUGAGCCAGAUUCAAACGAAUCUCUCAGUGUCAGUACGUUCUGCCAUGGCAGUCCUAGGUCAACUCACGGCCUCGAUUCCUGCCAUUCAAUGGGCAAGGUUUCAUUCCAGACCCCUACAGAGGAACAUCCUACAGGAGUGGUCUCACCAAGAGUCACUGGAGAAAACCUUCUCUCUAACAUCAAAGGUAAAACGGUCCCUCUGGUGGUGGAGAGAUCCUUCCAAUCUCACAAAAGGUCUCUCAUGGGUCCUUCCCUCGGACAAACGUCUGACAACAGACGCAAGUUCGUGGGGAUGGGGAGCCCACCUGGAUGGACAGACCGCACAAGGGUCAUGGACCAAAGUGGAGGCAAGGAGAUCAUCAAAUUGGCGAGAGCUAAAAGCCAUUUUCAUGGGUCUCCUGGCUUAUCAACAAAUGCUGAAGGGUUGUCAUGUUCAAAUUUUGUCGGACAACACUACAGCAGUGGCCUAUGUGACCAGACAAGGCGGGACCAGGAGCCAGGGAUUGAUGGAUCUGGCCAAUCAGUUACUGACUUGGGCGGAGAAAAAUGUGGCCUCUUUGUCAGCAAUCCACCUAAAAGGAUCCCAAAAUCUGCUGGCAGAUCUUCUGAGCAGAAGGAAAGUAUUAGAAGCAGAAUGGAGUCUAAAUCAGGAGAUUUUCAACAUGAUCUCCAAGGAAUGGGGACAUCCCGAAGUAGACCUUUUUGCCAGUCAGCAAAACACGAAAGUUCAAGACUUCUUUUCUCUCCACAGAGAAGACCAGGCGAUAGGCAUAGAUGCUCUAGCUCAUCCCUGGGAUUACCAUCUGUGCUACGCCUUUCCCCCCUUUCCCUUGAUUCCAUUGGUCCUAAGGAAAUUCAGAGAAGAGAAAACAGACCUAAUUCUGAUUGCUCCCUUUUGGCCAAAGAGGUCUUGGUUCGCAACCAUACUGAACCUGGCCGCAAAACCUCCAUGGAAGUUGCCUCCCAAGAAGGACCUUCUAACGCAGGGAUCUGUGUGUCACCCAGAAACAGACAGGUUACAUCUAAGCGCUUGGUUUCUGAGGAAGACAUUUUGAAAAACAAAGGCUUGUCUGACAAGGUUGUAAAAACUCUUCUGUCCAGUAGGAAGGAGGUAACAAGAUCAAUUUAUCUUAAAGUGUGGAAGAAGUAUAACUCAUGGUGUUCUUCCAAGACCUUUCAAACUAAAAGUGUGGUCUAAGUACUAGAAUUUCUCCAUGAAGGAAUGGAAAAAGGACUUGCAGCCAGUACCUUAAAGACACAGGUAGCGGCUCUUUCUGUUUACUUAGAAAAAACUCUGUCCAGAGAACCUUUAAUUUCCAGGUUUUUUAGGGCACUAGCUCGAAAUAGGCCAGUGACCCUCAAAAGUUUUCCCAGUUGGGACUUAUCGGUGGUACUACAAGGUUUGACGGGAGUUCCGUUCGAACCAUUGGAGAAUAUUUCUUUGAAAAACUUAAUCCUCAAAACAGUUUUUUUUGGUGGCUAUUACGUCAGCAAGACGAAUCAGUGAGCUCCAAGCUCUGGCCAUCACUGAACCCUUCCUAAGAAUUUUUCCAGACCGAGUGAUCCUUCAGACGGAUCCUUCAUUUCUUCCGAAAGUGUCUUCAAAAUUUCACCGGUCACAGGAAAUAGUGUUACCCACUUUUGCUUUAAACCCUUCUAAUGCUGGAGAAAGCAUUCCAUACACUAGACGUGAAAAGGUGUCUUUUACAGUUUCUUUCUGUCACCAGAGAUUUCAUAAAGUCAAAUGCUCUCUUUGUAGCUUUCUCAGGUCCCCGCAAGGGGGAAAAAGCAUCCAAAAGUACUUUAGCCAGAUGGCUUAAACUUGCUAUUACAGAAGCCUAUAAAGCCAAAGGAGUCGUGCCUCCCUCAGGUAUUGUGGCACACUCAACAAGGUCAACUGCAGUCUCCUGGGCCGAAAGGGCCGGCGCUACACCUGAGCAGAUCUGCAAAGCCGCCACUUGGAGCAACUACUCAACGUUCCUAAGGCACUACAGGUUGGAUCUAUUGUCUGCCGCAGACCAAGCCUUUGGCAGAAAGGUUCUUCAAGCAGUAGUCCCACCCUAGGGUAAGUUACUUGUUUAUC